AUGUGUUCCCGUGGAUCCUGCCACAGCCACGAAACCUCCUGCCACGGAUCCCACUCCUCCUGCCAUGGAUCCCGCUCCUCCUGCCAUGACUCAGGACUCUCCUGCCAUUACACCAUCCAGAGGCAGCCAGUGCAGAAGUUCACCUACGUGACACCCUGCUGUCCCCCCGUGCAGCCCUAUUGCCCCCCUGUGCAACGCUAUUGCCCCCCUGUACAACCCUAUUGCCCCCCAAUCCCCUAUUGCCCCCAAUACACCAAGAACAUCUGCAAGCUGCCACCAACAUGUCCCAAGUACUAG